AUGGGACGACACAUCGAGGCGGUGGAUGAAGAAGAUGUGAAAACCUUUAUGCUGGGCGACUACAUCUUCAGCCACCUCUACGAUUUCGCCAUCGCCAGCACAAAGCUCUCUGUCUUAGCCCUCUACCAUCGCAUCUUCCCUAAACCCGUCUUCCGCAGGAUUGUCAUCCUAACUGCUGUCUUCGUCGUCCUCUGGCUCAUGACCAUGGAACUUGUCCUCGGUUUUCAAUGCCGACCGAUCCAACGGUUCUGGGAUCAGGACGUCGACGGCGACUGCUUUAACCUCGUCGCAUUCAGCUAUUUUACGAACAUUACGAACCUAGUCACGGAUAUGUGGAUAUUGGUCCUGCCGCUGCCGACCAUCCUGCGGCUGCAGUGGAUCGCUGAGGCUAAUGAAGUCAGAACAUGCACUGUCAGUGCCGCGCGCCUCUCAGUUGUUGUCUCGCAGGGCUCCACAGACUUUACCUGUAAGGCUAUCACCCUCCUGACCCUUCUGGAUGAUCCUUACAUCUCAGGGGCCGGCGUCCCUCUGGGCAUCCUCUCCGUCUGGGAGCCCCUAGGCGGAAUCCUCUGCGCAAACCUGCCUCUCUCGCACAAGCUCGUCUUGAGCGCAUUCCGGAAAGUCACUGGCCGCACUUCCUCUGAGCGUAACCAUCUUUCACCAACCGGGCCGCGCAGCUGGUAUCGCCUCGAGAAUUACCUCCACCGAAAGGCAAAUCGAAAUCUAGAGACUAAUUCGACCGAGAUGGGUGGUAUCGUUGUCCAACGGAAUUUUGAGCAGGUUUCCUCGUAUACGGGUGUUGAUUUACUGCGGCAAGAGGAAGAGACAGGAGUGCCAGAUAUAAGAGUCCGAGUUGACCCAAAACGCCCUAACAGUUACAUCGAUGCUUACAGGGAAGAGAAACUAUGA